GCGAAUCUUUUAUUUCUUAAAUAUCAACCAAAGGUGGUACAAUGAGUGAAUCGAUACAUCUUGCAACUAUAAAACCAGAUUCCCUUGGUACUUCAUGGAAAGCAAGUGAAAAACUUAAUUUUCGUAAGAAGCAGACACAAGAUCCCACGUCUGGACUACCACAUAAGUGUGCUUGUACUCGACAUGGAGAUGUAGUAACUGAUAUCUGUCCUUGUCUGGAUGAUGAUUAUCAUAUGCCAUUACUAACGUUGGAAAAACAUGAAUCGCCAGACGACUCCAUAAAAGAAAAACGUACUAGCAUAACGCCAGGAUGGGAAACUUAUGUCCAUGUAAGGGAAUUUGAGACUGAACAUGGUUCUAGUGGUACAGAGUCGGAUUAUUUAGAUGAUGUAGUACCUGUAGACAGAGAUCAAAAAAUAUUUUGUACGGGUAGUAAUUAUGUGGGACAAUGGAAUGUGCUUGGAAUGAAAGGCUAUGGUACUUAUAUAAUGCCACAUGGUGUUGAAUAUCGUGGUGAAUUUGAGGACGGUCAAUUUCAUGGAAACGGUAUAUUAACAUAUCCAAAUGGUUUAAAAAUACGUGGUAUUUUUGAAAAAGGUAAAAUGAUAAAAUGGGAUUUACAAUUUGCUGAUGGAUUAGAAUAUAAUGUGCCAUGGAAUUAUUGUAAAAUGCCUGAUCGUAGAUUUUAUCCUGAAAUUUUGGAUUCAAUAAAACCAGCUGGUUGCUCAUAUAUAACACCGGAAAAACCACCACGAGAAAUUCCAAAAGGAUGUUAUGAUACUGGUGAUGGAUAUUUUGAUCCGAAUAUGAAAUGCAUCUAUAGUGCAUACAAGCCAAAUAAAAUUUUACGUGUUGCGUCAAAAUUGGAAGAAGAAUGGAUUUUGGCUAAUUGUCGUCGUGAAGAAGAUUGUACAACGCAAUAUCGUCCAGAUUUAUAUACAAAAUUAGUAACUGGUUGUGAUGAAUACACUAUGGAACAUAAAAAGUCAACAGAAACAUUAGAUAGUGAUAACAUUGUAGAUGAUAUGCAUGAGAAAUAUAUAAUCGCAGACUUACUAGAUAUUCCACCAAUUAAAUCUGAAGUAUACCCAUAA